CGCGCAGCGGAACACGACCUCCCCCCCACUGGCCCACCGCGCUUAAGGGGUAGGAUAUAUAUAUAUAUAUAUAUAUAUAUAUAUAUAUAUAGAGAGAGAGAGAGAGAGAGAGAGAGAGAGAGAGAGAGAGAGAGAGAGAGACCUUAAGCCUAAUCCAACUUACCCCCUACGCGUCCUACCGUCCUACCUAUGACUCCUUCAACGACUUGCUGCCCUAUAUGCCUUGGGCCGCGAUAUUGGUUGGUGACGGAGGGGGAGGAAGAAGGUGUGAAGGUACUUGGCUAUGGUGGAUGGGUGAAGGAGGUGGAGGUGGAAGAAGGUGUGAAGGUGAGAGGCUAUGGUGGAUGGGUGAAGGAGGUGGAGAUGGAAGAAGGUGUGAAGGUGCUUGGCUGUGGUGGAUGGGUGAAGGAGGUGGAGGUGGAAGAAGGUGCGAAGGUGCUAGGCUAUGGUGGAUGGGUGAAGGAGGUGGAGAUGGAAGAAGGUGCGAAGGUGCUUGGCUAUGGUGGAUGGGUGAAGGAGGUGGAGGUGGAAGAAGGUGUGAAGGCGCUUGGCUAUGGUGGACGGGUGGAGGAGGUGCAGGUGGAAGAAGGCGUGAAGGUGCUCGACUAUGGUGGAUGGGUGAAGGAGGUGGGGGUGGAAGAAGGUGUGAAGGUGCUUGGCUAUGGUGGAUGGGUGAAGGAGGUGGAGGUGGACGAAGGUGCGAAGGUGCUUGGCUAUGAAGGGUGGGUGAAGGAGAUGGAGGUGGAACAAGGUGUGAAGGGACUUGGCUGUGGUGGAUGGGUGAAGGAGGUUGGACGUGGAAGAAGGUGUGAAGAAACAUUUUCGGACAAGGGGGACAACAUUCGGAUCUUGGAGUGGGCACCGAAGGCGGGAAGCAGCGCCGGGAAGGGUGACGAAGGCGAGAAGCAGCGCGGGGGCGGGAGACAGACGAAGGAGGGAGGGAGGGACACGGCGGGACACCAUCGCCGACAUCAGCAGCAGGACACCAUCAACUCAAAGUAGCGGCGGGAAGUGGCAGUGGGCAGCGGGAAACGGGCGAGCAGCCAUGAAGGUGGGCGCCCACCGGCCAUCUCUCUCUCUCUCUCUCUCUCUCUCUCUCUCUCUCUCUCUCACACACACACACACACACACACACA